UCAUUCAUUAAUGAAGGUAUAUAUUUAGGUAAUAUGGAAUCAGCAUCAAAUUUACAAAAGUUGAAAAAUGCAAAUAUUACAAAUAUUUUAAACUGUGCCGGUGAAAAAUGUUCAAAUUAUUUUCCUCAACAAUUCAAAUAUAAAACUUUAAUCAUUAGAGAUAUACCAGAUGAGGAUAUUUCUUGUCUCUUCUCACUAAUUUUAGAUUAUUUUAUAAAGGUUAUUUUAAACAGGAAUGGUGUCGUAUUUGUUCACUGCUAUAGAGGAGUAUCAAGAAGCUCAGCAUUCGUUAUUCUUUGGCUAAUGUGGAAAAAUAAAUGGUCAUAUCAAAAAGCAUUUGAGCACAUAAUAGAAAAGCGUAGCGUUGCAAGUCCAAAUAUUGGUUUCGAAUUUCAACUUAGAAGAUUUGAAAAG